AUGCGUAUAUCAAAGCAACCACGUAUUAAUUUAAUGUCAAAAUAUUAUAAGGAACUAGACUACAUCGAACAUAAAUGUGCAAGACAAGAGAGGCUUAAAAUAUUGCCAAUGAUAGAAACUCCUAACACUAAUGAUAUAAUACAGAGACUUAAUCACGCGAUAGCAUUAAUAAAUAAUAAAGAUACGAAAUCUGUCUUUAAUCAUGUAGAUACACUUUAUUAUAUUGACAAACUGAUAUUCACUUAUAAAAGUUUACACACAUAUGAAUACAAAGACAAUACAUCUGUCAUUAAAAAUUCAUUGAUAAGUGAUGUAUAUAAACGGUACAAACCACUUCUUUCACGUCAAAUCGUGGAUGUAAUACUUUUUGAAGAUUCAGACUUGUAUGCAGUUAUUUGUGAAUUAAAGUGGUUAGACAACUUUCAAAAUUUUAAUCAAAUUUGGGUGUCAAAAUCGAUAGAAAAGAAUUUUGUAUCACUUGUAAUUCAAUAUUUUAAGAAGUUCAAGUGUCCCAUUCAUGCGUUUCAAUUUAAGGAAGAGUUACUGACGCCUCCUGUACUUUGUAAAAUAAAUAUAACAUGCAUAUGGUCCGAGGAUAUUGUAGCUGCCAAGAAUUUAGCAGCAUCCUUAGAUAGAAACUUUGUAUUCAUAAAUAUGAUGCCUUUCCAAGAUGUUGUUUUAUGUAUGCCUCAUAUGGAAACAUUCCAAGUCCGCAAUAAUCAACUUCAUCAUUCGGAUGAAGAUCAGUAUAUAAUAAACACUAUACAGCCAACAACCUUAAAAAACAAAAAGCCUUUAAAAAAAUCUCCAAAUCCGUUUUAUGAUUAUAUGUUUUAUGAUGGUGUAUGGCAAAAACCUGUAAACGAUACUUAUUGGAUACAAAAUAAUGUUAUAAAGGCACAAGCAACGAGAGACGAUAUUAUUAGAUGCGUUGCAUCAUCCAGGAAAGCAUACAAAGAUUGGAGUUCCCAGUCUACUCAAUUCAGAAUACAAGCAUUGUCCACAUUAGCAUCUGCCAUAAAAGAUAGCAGAUUGUCGGAAAUAGUAAAAAAAUGGAUCAAAUUUCCGUAUUGGUACGAAUUUAUGCAAUUUUAUUUUCAAAGCAAGGUAACAAGAAUCCGUAAGCCGAAAGGCAUUAUUACGCUCAUGGAGAAGGAUGAAACUGUUCUAUUUCGUAAAUUGAUACAGAGCUUGAUCAUCGGUAAUACCGUCAUUAUCAUAUGUACUGCGAAAACACCUAAUCUAGUGCAGUAUUGUGAUAUAUUCUUGAAAACCGAGAUACCGCCUGGAGUUAUAAAUUUGCUGUCUUGCGAAGAUGUAAAGCUUCUGAGCGAUAGUUACAUGGCGUCUAAUCUUUCGGAUAUAUAUUGCCAGUUCACUGUAUCUAAGCAAAUUAUAACCAAUUUUUAAUAAUAUGACUAUUGACGCUGUAAUAGAAAAUCAUCAAGAUUAAUAGAUGUAGAUUUUCAUAUAUCAAGUUAAUUUUAAUAUUACGAUCUUAAGUAUGAAUUUUUGUUCACAUUUUCAAUCAAUUUUAGAAAAUAACAGUUUAUAACAACAUGCAAA